AACUGUAUCUCAGAGCAAAAAUAGCAAAAUGGAUGUAGUAACUAAAGAGGGACAGCUGUUUUUGCAAGGAGUCAAAUUUGGAAAGAAAAUAUGGCGGAAAACUUGGCUGGCUCUAUUUGAGCCUAGCCCUGCUGGAAUCGGUCGCAUGGAGCUGUACGAUAUACGUGAUGGACGGGGGCUAAAGGGGUUCACCAGUGGAAAGCCUGCAGGGUUCAGGAAAACAGAUAGACGGGUGAUUCGCCUGACAGACUGUCUAAGCAUCACUCCGGCUCCAGGAGAAAGUUGUCCCAAAGAAUGUUCCGCCUUCUUUUUAAACACCACCACUUGCACCUUCACCAUUGCUGCGCCCACCCAGGAAGACUGGAUAUCUGUGCUCUGCAAGCUGGCAUUCCAGAAGACCAAUGGAACUGAAGAUGCCAGGAAGGCCCAGAGAGAUAAAUACAUGCCACUGGCUGACAAUGAUCUGUACUCGACGUGGGGUGCAGGCCAGUUCCAGGUGACAGUGCAGAGCACAGAUGCGUCUCAGAGGUGCAGGAUGUCUGGCUCAUACCUGCUGUCUUCUGAGAAAGAGGCUGUUUGCCUACUGGACCUCAAGACAGGACAGGCCAUCUUCCGAUGGCCCUACAGGCUUCUCAGAAGAUUUGGCAAAGUCAAGGGCGGAAUUAUGAUCGAGGCAGGUUGUCGCUGUCAAACAGGGGAGGGUCAGUUCAUUUUCAUGUCAAAACAGGGAUCGCAAAUACACAAAGCAAUUGAAGAGGCCAUCAUGCACCAGAGUGUCCAAGAGCUACUAGCCCAAGCCACUGUACUUCCAGAGUUUGCAUCCCAGCCCUCUUUACCUAAAACCAAAACACAGGACAGACCUACGCUUCCUCCGAUCUACAUGAAUCAAGAAAGACCCCGGCCAAUGAUACAACACAAACAAGGACAGCAAAUUUACAAAACCAUUGGGGAGGCACUCAUUCAACACAGUGUCCAAGAACUGCCGGCACCAUCCACCACUCUUCAAAAAGAUUCUCUACCACCACCACCACCACCCUCACCUAAACCCAAACCAAUGGACAGAUCUAAGGACAAACCUAAGGUUAAUAAGCAUCCUCCAGUCAACAUGAAUCAGUGCAGACCUGUACUACAACAGAAACCUGGGCAACCAAUGCACCGGGCCAUUGAGGAGGCUCUUAUGAACCUGAAUGUCCAAGAGCUAAUGACGUCAUCCAACCCUCUUUCACAAGCCCCUACACCCCCACCAUCCUUGCCUAAAUCCAAACCAAAAAAUCGGCCCUAUGUUAAUAAGCAUCCUCUAAAUCUGGAAAGACCCCUUCCAGAGUUACCACACAGAAACAUCUCCUUACCAGAACCUCCCUGUGCCAAAAGCCCCGUGAGAAGCCCAGAUAAUGCUUUGUAUUCCUCUGUUGGACCACAACCAAAACCUAGAGCAAAAACAAAUCUCCCAAAAGUUCCAAUGCCUCCUAGACUACCAGCACACGUUCAAAUUCACAUUAAACAGGAUGCACAUGAAAUCACGAAUAAAGAGAAAGCAUGGAAUUCCUCACAAGAUCCUUUAGAGAGCAAAAACGAGGACACUCCCUACAUUAACAGGACAGCUACGACAACGGCCGAACAGGACCAACUGAACAUUGAGGCACUAUACAGCAGAGUGAAUUUCGCAGGUAAGCAUAAGAAUAGACAGAUUGAGGAUAAUGAUGGUCAAGAGCAGCCCAACACAGACCAGCAAACUCCUGUUACCACUUCCACGGAAAUCCCUGUCGACUUCAAACAGACACUUUCUAGCUACCCUUUUAAAGAGCUGUCCAAGAUUCCACCCCCAUUCCCUUUCAGGUCACACAGAGGAAGUAUCGAUCAUUUAGAAAGUCUAGAGGAUUAGAUGACUGAUUAAUGUUUCUAUGUCGACAGUUGGGGUUAAUGUCACUGCUAAUUAAAGUUAAAGUCAAAGUGAAAUCAAAACUGACCCUUUUUGCUUGCUUAAUACACAUUUCUCGUCUUUUUGAGAAAGACUAUUCAGCACAAUGAUGAAUUUAUUCCAAAGGAAAGAAUUUUGUCUUCAUAAUUUGCUAUGCCUCCGCCCCUAACUCGUCUGACUUUCUUUCUUCAGUGGACACAAACAAAGAUUUUUUGAAAGAUGAUGUAUCCAAAAAGGACAUAAAAGCAGAAAGAAAGUUAUGCAUUUUAAUGUAGUUGUUUAAUCCAUUUCUUCUGAAGCGAUACUAUCGCUUGGGUGAAAACGGAUCCAAAUUUAAGUCCUUAUUCACUAUAAAUCUUCACAUCCGGCCUGAUAGGAACACAGGCUACCAGACAGUGACACUUUGAUGCUGCAUGCGGUUAUCAGGUACUCAAUCCCGGUAUCAUUACACACCAAUAAGACAUUGACAUUUUCAUUUUCUAGUGUUUACCAUAAACCGACUAUCAUAAACUUAAACAUCCAGAACAAAAAAAAGAAGAAAAAAUAAAUUCUCACCCACACCUAUCAUAUUGCUUCUGAGGA